CCGGAGCCAGGUAUAGUUUGAACCUCUCGCCCUGCUGGCGGUUUCGCACUGACAUCAAUCCCGCUCACAGUCUACACAUCGAGCCACCAUGGGUAGAGUUAUUCGCAACCAGAGAAAGGGCCGUGGCUCCAUCUUCACGGCCAACACCCGCCUGAACAAGGCCCCUGCCAAGUUCCGCAACCUCGAUUUCGCCGAACGCCAUGGCUACGUCCGCGGUAUCGUGAAGGACAUCAUCCACGACCCUGGUCGUGGUGCUCCUCUUGCUAAGGUGCAAUUCCGCCACCCUUACAAGUACAAGCAGGUUACCGAGACCUUCAUCGCCAACGAGGGCAUGUACACUGGCCAGUUCAUCUACGCCGGAAAGCGUGCUGCUCUUACCGUCGGCAACGUCCUGCCCGUUGGUGAGAUGCCCGAGGGUACCGUUGUCUCAAACGUCGAGGAGAAGAUUGGCGACCGUGGUACUCUCGGCCGUAACUCUGGUGGCUACAUCACCAUUGUUGGCCACAACCCCGAUGAGGGCAAGACCCGUAUCAAGCUGCCCUCCGGUGCCAAGAAGGUCGUCCACUCCCGAUCUCGUGGUAUGAUCGGUAUCGUUGCCGGUGGUGGCCGUACCGACAAGCCUCUGUUGAAGGCUUCUCGUGCCAAGCACAAGUUCGCUGUCAAGCGUAACAGCUGGCCCAAGACUCGUGGUGUUGCCAUGAACCCCGUGGACCACCCUCACGGUGGUGGUAACCACCAGCACAUUGGUAAGGCCUCUACCAUUUCACGGUACGCCGUCCAGGGACAGAAGGCCGGUCUUAUUGCUGCCAGAAGGACAGGUCUGCUCCGUGGUACUCAGAAGACAAAGGAGUAAGGUGGCUAAAAUUCAUGGUCUCAUUGGGAUGGUACUGCUCAGGAACGAAACUUGACACGGCUCCUCUGG